UAGGCAUGGCGGCGCGCGUGUAGUAACGGAAGUUGACCUCGUUUAACAUGGUUAUGUGUGCUGUUGUGCGAGAAAUACUUUCUUAAACUGCGGCACGCGCAUGCCUUUAUCUGUCGUGGAUGUCUGCGAGGGCACUGUGGCGUCGAGCAGCUACGCUGCGUGUGUUCACAUCUUCACCAUGCAGGCUUGUGAACACAUCUCAGCAUCUCUCCUUAGAGUGGAACCAUGGAAAAGUCCAGGAGGAGGAAAAGAGUGAAACGGUGCAGGAGCCACCGAGUGCAGAAACUGCAGAGGGGUCCUCGUUGGUGUACAAUCCCAGUGCUUACUACCAAUCCAGAGCAGAGUGCUCUGACAUCCAGAGAGGUCCUGUAAAAGAAGAGGAAACCACCCAGCCUGUCCCAAGUGCUGGGUUCAGACAGCAGAGUAAUCACUAUAUGGUCGGUUCAUCACGCCACUUAUCCAUCGAUAAAAACGGCCGGCUUGAUUUAGCUUUUAAUCCAGCAGUAGAUGAUAAAGGACAUAAAUUUAAUAAUUCUAAAGAUGAAGUCUCAACAUAUAUAAAAAGAGACACGCGUGCCUUUCAGAAAUGCAGGCCUGAGUACAGCGUUAUGACCUACGACGUGUCCCAGCGUCUGCCUGCUAUACAGAUAAAAGAUGGCUUGUUACUGCUCCAUAAAGCUGCCUUGAUGAAAAACAUAGAUUCCUCCAAUGUAGCUUGUUUUAUUUGCGAACUUGGUCAUGUGGAACCUGAACAGACUGCGAUUAUAAGAGGGAACACACGGUUCUCCAUGCUGCUGCGGUACAGCGUGGAGAACCUACAACACUUCACGCAUGUGCAGCUGAUUGAAGUUUUGCGUGCCUUCGUGAGAUUGGGAUUGUCCCACCACCACAGCAUACUGGACUCGUACGAAGCCGAAUUUAGCCGCCGGACCUGUGAGUUGGAGCUACACCAGCUUCUGCUCGUGGCUGACCUGUGGCGAUCCCUAGGACGGUCGGUCCCACAGUAUGUGGACAAAUUGUGUGACUGCAUUAGCAAGCAUUUUAACCAGAUGGGUCCACCAGAGCUGGUCCAGUUUGUGUAUAUACUAGGAGAAAGCCGACAGUGCCCUGCAUUUGUUCUAGAGUGUCUAGAAGGCAUCAUAAUGCACCAUCUAGAUGAACUUAAGGGUGAAGAAGUGGGUGCUGUUUGCUUGGGUCUGUUUAAAACUCAGAACUCGCUCUCAGAUCGAGCACUGCGCAGGCUUGUGGACCGAGCCUGUGUUGUAGUUAAGGAAAUUACUGAUUUUGGCAUUGUGAACGUGAUGAAAUUAAUGAGAUUCAGCCACCUGGACCAUCUCCGCUGGUUGGAGAUACUGAGUUCUGAAGUGCCCCGCCGUGCUCCGCAGAUGGCCGUCCAGGGCUUAAUGCACAUCGCUUUGACAUGCUCUGCACUGCACUACCGUGACGAGAAUGUUCUCCUGGCCGUAGCAAAAUAUCUGCCGCAUUUACCAUCUCAGUACAGAAGCAAAGAUGCUGCUAAGCUUCUUUGGGCAUUUGGCAACCUGGGCAUUCUUCCCAGCCAGUGCCCCAACUUUCACCCUCGACUCACGGAAGCACUGCGGGACCGAGAGUCAGAAUUCCGAAGCUAUCCUGAACACCUCCUGACAGCCCUGCUUGGUUUGGCGUUUGUUGGUCAGUUUCCUCAUGACUUGCUAAGUUUGGCCUUAAGCCCCGAAUUUACAAACCAAGUCACAGGGAUAAUAGAUUUGAAGAAGGAUCUCUUCACUCUGGAUGGGACGGUGGCGAUUGAGCUGCCUGGAUGGACCGGCCCCCGGAUGAACCCCACAGUCCAAGAUGAGGUCACUAAACAGCUGUGGGACUUCGCCCAGUCUGAAUUGUGUCAAAAACCAGAGGUUCUUGAGGCUGAGGCUGUUCUCCAGGAGCUGCUUGGAGGACAGGAGUUUGUGCACAAGCGAAUGAUACUACCACAUAUGCGCUCUAUUGACCUCGAAGUGCACUUAGAUCUCAGGGGAAAUCCUCUGCCUGUUACAUCAGAGACCUAUCAAAACCACUAUCAUCCAGAGAAGGGAUCUUGUUGGCCGCUAGAUUGGAAAGAAAUGAACACAGGAGUUACCCUGACGGAUGAUCUCUUGGUACAGUUGACCAGUGGCAAAAAAACAGCCAUGCCAAAGACUGUGUCCAUCCAGAGACCAAUUCUGCGUCCUGUCGUAGCGUCUGCCAAAAGAGAACGUAUUCUGAACGUAGGAGUUGACUUAACUGAUGAUCUUAUGCAUGCUAUAACGAAACGGCAGGAGCGCUCUACCAUCCGAGGCCAUGAUGCCUCAUCGUCAGCCAUUGCCCAGCUUGCAGUUCAAGUGACCAGUAGAAACCACUAUUGUUACAGGACGCAACGAUUAACAGGGCUAUAUGCAAUGAAGAGGAGGCAGUUAGCCUUGGCAGGGUAUACGGUUGUGGAGGUGCCACAUUGGGAAUGGUUUCCAUUGCUCCGCCGCUCCCUCGCUGAGAGACUUGCUUACAUGCACUGCAAGAUUUUUAGUAGUUUUGACUCCAAAAAUAGAAAAUGAUUGUUAAUUUGUUGUCUCAAAGAGUAUUUGGUUAAUUUUUGGUGGAUUUGAAACCACAUAUCUGUCACAUAGUCACAUAUCUGUAAUAUAUAAAAUUUAAAUAAAACUAUAAAAGAAGACUUUAUUAUGCUUUGGGAAUGAAAAUAGUGCAUAGUGGGUACGUCAGCAUACAGACACCCCCCGCCUCAUGAAUUUUCGUCAUAGGAACUGAAAUUUUGCAAGAAAUUUGCCUCGGCAUAUGAAGUAUUUUUGUCAUACUGACGAAUGAACCGAGCUUAACCGAAUUCUGUGGAAAGCCAAGCAAAGCAUGUUUACAUGUUUUUUUAUGGUUUUAUUUCGCAUUUUGUGCAGGAUUUAAUGAAGACAUUGUACCCCGGUCACUAGAUUGUUAGCCAGGAAGGUAGCAAAAAGAAAAGUUAGCCAAUUUAAGUUUUUUAUUUUUCCCUUUUAAAGCAUCCAGUGCCAAGAGGAAUAAUAUAUUAGGGUUAAGUGAGGUGUAAUCUGUCUAUUUAUUUCAUAUGUUAUUUGCAUUUUGUUUGUACACUGUACACUGUAG